AUGAGUCCAAAUACUUUAGGUUGGACAGUUUCAAAUUGGCUAGAAUUCCAUAAGUCAUCGACUCCCUCAAAUUCUUAUUCAACUUUAUUAUCUUUAGUUAAAUCUCAAAAAGUUGCACCAGAAAAUACAGCUUGGAUUUCAAUCACCUCAGUAGAAAACUUAAGAAAACAAUGGAUGGUAUUACAAACAAGAGAAAAUCAUGAAUCUUUACCUUUAUUUGGUGUACCUGUAGCAAUCAAGGAUAAUAUUGAUGCGCGUGGAUUUGCUACAACUGCUGCUUGUCCAUCUUACAGUUAUAAUCCAAAGAAAGAUGCCACUGUAGUUGGUCUUCUAAGAGAUGCAGGUGCUAUUAUUAUUGGUAAAACUAAUUUAGAUCAAUUUGCCACAGGUUUAGUGGGAACUAGGUCCCCAUAUGGUAAAGUAACAUGUGCAUUCAGUGACGAAUAUGUAUCUGGGGGUUCUUCUGCUGGUUCUGCCAAAGUUGUUGCAACUGGUAUUGUCCCAAUUGCUCUUGGUACCGAUACUGCUGGUUCAGGGCGUGUUCCUGCUGCUUUAAACAAUUUGAUUGGUUUGAAACCAAGUAAAGGUGUCUUUUCCUGUAAUGGGGUGGUGCCAGCCUGUAAAUCUUUAGAUUGUGUGUCCAUUUUCUCUUUGAAUUUAUCAGAUGCUGAACUUUGCUUCAAGAUUUUAUGUAAACCAGAUCAAGAGAAUGACGAGUAUUCGAGACCAUUCCCAUCGAAUCCAUUAAGAAAAUUUGGCAAGAAUGUUGUUAUUGCUAUUCCAAAAAAUGUUCCAUGGUAUGGAGAAAUGGAAAAUCCAAAACUUUAUAAGAAUGCAAUUGAAACUUUGCAAAAGAUAGGUGCUACAAUUAAAAUUAUGGACUUAGAACCAUUACUUGACUUGGCCCGUUGUUUAUAUGAAGGACCAUGGGUUGCUGAACGUUAUGAGGCUGUCGGUCAAUUUUUAGAAUCCAAUCCACCAGUAGAAACACUAGAUCCAACAGUAACUUCGAUUAUUAAAGGUGGUAAAACUUUCAAAGCUACAGAUUUUUUCAAAUACGAAUACAAACGUAACAAGAUCUUACAAUCUAUUCAAGUUUUAUUGGAAGGAAUUGAUGUUGUAUGUGUUCCAACUUGUCCACUGAAUCCAACUUUGAGAGAAAUCGAGAAGGAACCAGUUUUAAUCAACUCUAGACAAGGUACUUGGACAAAUUUUGUUAAUUUGGCUGAUUUGGCUGCAUUGGCAGUGCCAGCAGGUUUCAGAUCAGAUGGCUUACCAAAUGGUAUUACAUUAUUAGGUAAGAAAUUUAGUGAUUAUGCACUGUUAAAUUUAGCAGAAAGAUAUCUAGAACAAUUAUUCCCAACCGAAAACAAGCUUCAGGGAAUUUUCACUUUGAACAAAGAACCUGAAUCUACUUCUAUUUUAAGUGGACCUUCAAUUAGUUCAGACAAAUCUGAUUAUAUUAAAUUGGCUGUGGUAGGUGCUCAUUUAAAAGGGUUACCAUUACAUUGGCAGUUAGAGAAGGUUAAUGCAACAUUUAUUUCCAAGGCAAAGACCUCUAAAGAUUACAAGUUGUAUGCUUUACCCAGAAAUGGGCCAAUACUGAAACCUGGUUUGAGACGUGUCGCAAAAAAUACUCCAGGUACUUCAGCUAUCGCUUUGGAACUUUACGCUGUACCAACUGAAUUGUUUGGACAAUUUAUUUCAAUGGUUCCUGAGCCACUUGGAAUUGGUUCUGUUGAGCUCGAGAAUGGAGAGUGGGUUAAAUCAUUCAUUUGUGAGGAAUUUGGUUAUGAUGCCGAUGGAACUGUGGAUAUUACAUCGUAUGGUUGUUUUAAAACAUAUGUGGAUCAUUUGAAUAGAGAAGAAAUUAAUUUGGCUAAGCCAUUUGAAAGAGUAUUGAUUGCUAAUAGAGGUGAAAUAUCCGUGAGAAUUAUAAGCACUCUUAAGAAAUUAGGUAUUACAUCGAUCGCAAUUUAUUCUGACCCAGACAAAUACUCAAAGCAUGUUGAAGAAGCAGAUGUUUGUAUACCAUUACAUGGUUCUACGGCCAAUGAGACUUAUUUAGAUAUAGAGAAGGUUAUCAGAGCUGCUAAAGAAUCCAAUGCAGACGCAAUUAUCCCAGGGUAUGGGUUUUUAUCCGAAAAUGCUGAUUUUGCAGAUAGAUGUGAACAAGAAGGUAUAGUAUUCGUUGGACCUUCAGGAUCUAUUAUUAGGCAACUAGGUUUAAAACAUUCAGCUAGACAAAUUGCUGAAGAGGCAAGUGUUCCUUUAGUUCCUGGGUCUCCAUUAAUCUCAGAACUUGAUAAAGCUGUUGAAGUUGCUAGCGCUAUUGGUUAUCCUAUUAUGGUAAAGUCAACAGCUGGUGGAGGUGGUAUUGGUCUUAAAAGAGUUGAUUCCGAAGAUGAAUUAAAGAGUGUUUUUGCUACUGUACAACACCAAGGUAAAUCAUAUUUUGGAAAUUCAGGUGUUUUCCUGGAGAAAUUUAUUGAAAAUGCAAGACAUGUGGAAAUUCAAAUCAUGGGUGAUGGUCGCGGUAACGCAAUUGCUUUGGGUGAAAGAGAUUGUUCAUUGCAACGUCGUAAUCAGAAAGUGAUCGAAGAAACACCAGCUCCAAAUUUGUCAGAGAGAGUUAGGGAAGAUCUAAAAAAAGCUGCUGAGAGCCUUGCUUGUCAAUUGAAAUACAAAACAGCGGGUACGGUUGAAUUCAUAUAUGAUGAAAAAUCUGAAAGGUUCUAUUUCUUAGAGGUGAAUACAAGAUUACAAGUUGAACACCCGGUAACAGAAAUGGUGACUGGUUUGGAUUUAGUUGAAAUGAUGAUAAGAAUUGCAGCAAACGACCCACCUGAUUUUUCUAAAUUUAAGGUUAACUUAUCUGGUGCAUCAAUGGAGGCUCGGUUGUAUGCUGAAAAUCCAGUUAAAGACUUCAGACCUUCUCCUGGGCAAAUUGUGGAUGUUGAGUUUCCUAAAUGGGCAAGAGUUGAUACCUGGGUGGAAAAGGGAACUACUGUCUCUUCUGAAUAUGAUCCUUUAAUUGCAAAAAUAAUAGUCCAUGGUAAAGAUCGUUCUGAAGCGUUAAGAAAAUUGAAUACAGCUCUACAAGAGACUAAAGUUUACGGUAAUGUUACCAAUAUUGGAUAUUUAAGGUCAAUUGCUGCGUCAUCCAUGUUUCAGAAUGUCGACUUCUGUACAAGCACGCUGAAUUCUUAUACAUAUGAUUCUGGUUCUUUUGAAAUUAUUUUACCUGGUGCUCAUACUUCUAUUCAAGAUUACCCUGGUAGAAAGGGUUAUUGGAGAAUCGGUGUUCCUCCUUCUGGCCCAAUGGAUAAUUACUCUUUCAGAUUAGCAAACCGUAUUGUUGGUAAUAAUCAAGAUGAAGCUGGUAUAGAAAUAACGCUAAUUGGACCGACAAUACAGUUUAAUACAGAGACUACGAUUGCUAUUACAGGUGGUUCUUGUAAGCCUAAACUUAAUAAUGGGGAUAUUGAACAAUUCAAACCGAUUAUCGUCAAGCCGGGUGAUAGGUUGGUUAUCGGUAAGUUACAGAGUGGUUGUAGAUCAUAUUUGGCUAUUAGAGGUUCAAUAGAUGUUCCAAAGUAUUUGGGUUCUAAAUCUACUUUUACAUUAGGCGAAUUUGGUGGUAAUAACGGAAGAGUUUUGAAAACUGGUGAUGUCUUAUUUCUACAACCAUCUAACCCAUUAUGCGAUGCUGAAGCUUCUCCUAUAUCUUUAAUUCCAGAAAUCAACACAAAGAAUUGGACUAUCGGUGUUACUUGUGGACCACAUGGUUCACCAGAUAUUUUUAAAGAAGAAUUUAUUAGAGAGUUCUUUACUGAUAAGUGGGAAGUACAUUAUAAUUCUAAUAGAUUUGGUGUCAGAUUAAUUGGGCCAAAACCCAAAUGGGCUAGAACUGACGGUGGUGAAGGUGGUUUACAUCCAUCUAAUGCUCAUGAUUACGUUUAUUCCUUAGGUGCAAUUAAUUUUACUGGUGACGAACCUGUUAUUGUCACAUGUGAUGGGCCAUCUUUAGGUGGUUUUGUAUGUGGAGCUGUUAUUCCAGAAGGUGAACUGUGGAAGGUUGGCCAGGUAAAACAAGGUGAUCAGAUUCAGUUUGUGCCAAUAUCAUAUGAUUCUGCUAGAAGUAUUCAAAAUUCCCAAGAUGCCGCUAUACAAGAAUUUAAGGGUGGUCUAUUAGAAACCCUGAACGAAGAUCUAAUUUUAUCAACCCACGAAAAUCCUGUGUUACAGGUUGUAGAAGGUGAAUCUGUUACAAAACCUAAGGUUACUUAUAGACAAGCAGGUGAUAGAUACAUUUUGGUUGAAUAUGGUGAAAUAAAUAUGGAUUUGAAUUUAUCCUAUAGAAUCCAUUCACUAAUUAAAUUAGUUGAGAAAUAUAAAACUGUCGGUAUAAUUGAAAUGUCACAAGGUGUCAGAUCCGUUCUAAUUGAAUUUGAUGGUAACAAACUGUCACAACAAUCACUCCUAGAAAUAUUACUAGCUUAUGAAGAUGAAAUAUACUUUGAUACAGACUGGAAGGUUGAAUCCAAGAUUUUUAAAUUACCAGUAACAUUUGAAGAUUCAAAGACACUUGAGUGUGUGACAAGAUAUAAAGAAACUAUUAGAUCUAAUGCUCCAUGGUUACCAAAUAAUGUAGAUUUUAUUGCAGGUGUUAAUAAUAUUGAUCGUAAAGAUGUGCAUGAUAUGGUAUUCGCAGCAAAAUUUAUGGUAUUAGGUUUAGGUGACGUGUUUUUAGGAUCGCCAUGUGCAGUCCCACUUGACCCAAGACACAGGUUCCUUGGAAGUAAAUAUAAUCCAUCCAGAAGUUAUACUGAGAAAGGUUUGGUAGGUCUUGGUGGUAUGUAUAUGUGUAUUUACGCAGCUUCAAGUCCUGGUGGUUAUCAAUUAGUCGGUAGAACUAUCCCUAUAUGGGACAAGUUAUCGUUAGAGGAACAUUCAUCCCAUCCAUGGUUACUUUCUCCUUUCGAUCAAAUUGAAUUUUAUGAAGUUGAUGAAGCUAAAUUAGACAACGAUACUCGUGAUUGGGACAAUGGUAAAUUUGAUGUACAACUGGAAGAGACAUUAUUUGAUCAUGGUGAAUAUUUAAAAUGGAUUAAAGAAAAUGAAGAUUCUAUUCGCCAAUUUCAACGAAGUCAAGAUUCUGGUCUGAAAGAAAAGUUUCUCAAACUAAUUGAAGGGUCUGAUAUUGAAGUUAAAAGAUCUGGAGAUAAGAAAAUAACCCCACUCGAAGAAUUUCCUGAAAACACACAAUUGGUAUACUCUGAAUUUGCUGGUCGUUUCUGGAAAAAUGUAGUGUCUUCUGGUGAUUAUGUUAAGGAAGGUGAAGCCUUGAUUAUUAUUGAAGCAAUGAAAACAGAAAUGAUUGUCGCUGCAACUACUGCUGGUAAGGUCUUAAGGGUUUUACAUGAAAACGGUGACAUUGUCAAUUCUGGAGAUCCAGUUGCAGUCAUCGAAUCCUGUUAA